AACAAUUCAUAUAUAAGUGAAUGUUAGCGUCCAAUUGUCAUCAAACCAUUCGGUGCGAAGAACAACCUCAACAUGAAAUACUACUUGGUUCUUGCUGUGCUGGUCUGCGUCGCCGCGGCAAUGCCGUCCCACGAAGAUGGGGCGUACAGGGAGGCUGACAGCCGGCUGGGUCAGGCGGGACGCCUAGACGUUGCCGGGGGCGGGCGGGGCGGUAGCCGCGCCGGUGGUUCCGCACGGGACUCCAAGGCCGGCGGAGGAGCUGCCGGGGAGUCCGGCGCGGAAAGGAGGCAGGAUUAUAACAAGGAGACACGCACUGUGGUAGUGAAAUCGGAAAAAGACAUCGGCAGCGCGUCUGAGGAUGAGUGGGCGAAGGGUGCGGGCGGCGCCGGGGGCAGUAGCAAGGGCAUCAAGGUGAACGCGGGCAAGGGCGGUCAGAAGGGCGGCUUCGGUUCCAGCAAGGGCGCUGGCUACGAGGACGCGGGCUACGAGAAGGGCGAACGGGGCUACCGCAAUGCGCGUAGCGUCUACCAUUAUUAAAGCCAUGUACGGCUAAUUCCCCAAUAACUCUAAAUAUUAAAUAUCAUGGUGCUUGGGAAAUAAACAAUGUUUUUCAAAUAUCUUUU